GGCAGGGCGAGGCACGUCUUCCCCUCUCCCCUCGACGGCUCCCAGGUCCUGGCCAUGAGACCUCCGCAUCUCCACCUCUCCGCCGCCUCCGGCGCUCAGGGAGGCCUGGGGAAGCUGCUGCUGCUGCCGCUACUGAUGGCGCAAUUCUGGGUCUCCGAGGCUCUGCUGCUCCCCGCAAACGACACAAGCUCCAACUUCGUGGCCUCCGGCGCCCCGUGCGCUCACGGCUCGCAGCCCUGGCAGGUGUCCCUCUUCAACGGCCUUUCGUUCCACUGCGCCGGCGUCCUGGUGGACAGGAGUUGGGUGCUCACCGCUGCACAUUGCGGGAACAAUAAGCCCCUGUGGGCUCGAGUCGGGGAUGACCACCUGCUGCUGCUGCAGGGCGAACAGCUGCGCCGGACCUCUCGUCCUAUCGUCCACCCCAAGUACCAGCAGGGCUCGGGCCCCAUCCUGCCGAGGCGCACGGACGAGCACGACCUCAUGCUGCUGAAGCUCGGCAGGCCCGUGGUGCCGGGACCUCGAGUGCGGCCCCUGCGCCUGCCCUUCCGCUGCACGCAGCCCGGGGACCAGUGCCAGAUCGCUGGCUGGGCCACAACAUCCUCCCGGAGAGUGAAGUACAACAAGGGCCUGAGUUGCUCCAGGGUCACUAUCCUGAGCCCUAAGGAGUGUGAAGUCUUCUAUCCCGGCGUGAUCACCAGCAACAUGAUGUGUGCAGGCCUGGAUCAGGGCCAGGACCCCUGCCAGAGUGACUCUGGUGGCCCUCUGGUCUGUGACGAGACCCUGCAGGGCAUCCUUUCAUGGGGCGUUUACCCCUGCGGCUCCGCCCAGCAUCCAGCCGUCUACACUCAGAUCUGCAAGUACCGCUCUUGGAUAGAGAAGACCAUCCGCUCCAACUGACGCAGGAGCUGCCCCGCGACUCCUUCUCCACCUGCCCUCUUCCUCCAACUUCCCCUCCUUCCUCCAGCUGGGCUGGGCUCUCCCCCUGCCCCACUCAAAUUUCUGCCGCCCAUGCACACCUGCUAACAUCUCUCCUCUUUCCUCACACCCCUUGCCCAAUGCUGCUCUUUGCCCAUGCUGAACCUGAGAUGCA